AUGCUCUAUCUUGUGGGACUGGGUCUUGCUGAUGAGAAGGACAUCACGGUCAGAGGCUUGGAGGUGGUCAAAAAGGCCGAGCGGGUCUACCUCGAAGCAUACACAAGUAUUCUCCUCGUGAACAAAGACAAGCUAGAAGCUUUUUAUGGACGUCCUGUGAUUGAGGCCGACAGAGAACUAGUCGAAACUGGCAGCGAUGAUAUCCUUGCUGGAGCAGACAAGGUGGAUAUUGCGUUUCUAGUGGUUGGUGAUCCGUUUGGCGCCACAACGCAUACCGAUCUCGUUCUGCGAGCUCGUGAAUUGGGCAUCGAGUCCAAGGUCAUCCCCAACGCAUCAAUCAUGUCAGGCAUUGGCUGCACAGGACUGCAGCUCUACAACUUUGGACAAACUGUCAGCAUGGUCUUCUUUACGGAGACCUGGAAGCCCUCUUCCUACUACGAUCGAGUCAAAGAAAAUGUUCAGUUGGGUUUACACACACUCGUCCUUCUCGAUAUUAAGGUGAAGGAACAGUCACUGGAAAAUAUGGCCCGAGGACGCUUGAUCUACGAACCCCCGCGCUACAUGACAGUUGCGCAGUGCGCAGGCCAGAUGCUGGAGACUGAGGAAGAGCGCAAAGAGGGGGUUUUCGGACCAGAUAGCCUUGCUGUCGGAGCGGCGCGCGUUGGAGCGCCCGACCAGAAUUUGGUCGCAGGUACCUUGAAGGAAUUAAGUGAGGUGGAUAUGGGACAACCACUACACAGCCUUGUGUUGCUGGGCAGGAGGGCGCAUGACUUGGAAAGGGAUUACAUCCGUCGAUUCGCUGUUGAUCAAGCGACUUUUGACGCGAAUUGGCAGAAGGGAUAUGGAUCCAGUCACUAA